GCGCCCCGCGCCCGGCAGUGGCGGCCGCCCCGUCGGCGCCGCGGCGCGCCCGCGGAGGGGCGGCGCUGGGGGCGGCGGCUCGGCGGCGGCAACUUUUGGGAGCCGGCGGCGGCGGCGGCGGCAGCGCGGAGGCUGCGCGGGGGAUGGCGGCGCUGAGGCGGCGGCGCUGAGGCAGCGGCGGCGCGAUGCCGGCGGCGGCCGGGGGGCUGCUGUGGUGGAGCUGCUGCGUGCUGGCGGCGGCGGCCGGGGCCCCGCGGGCCGCCGCGGCGGCGCAGGCAGUGUGUGCUGGCACCGAGAACAAGCUGAGCUCCCUCUCUGACCUGGAGCAGCAGUAUCGGGCCCUGCGCAAGUACUAUGAGAACUGCGAGGUAGUUAUGGGCAACCUGGAAAUCACCAGCAUUGAGCACAACCGAGACCUCUCCUUCCUGCGGUCUAUCAGAGAAGUCACAGGCUAUGUUUUGGUGGCUUUGAAUCAGUUUGAAUACCUGCCAUUGGAGAACCUGCGCAUCGUUCGUGGGACCAAACUCUAUGAAGAGCGAUAUGCUUUGGCGAUAUUUCUUAACUACAGAAAGGACGGUAACUUUGGACUCAGGGAACUUGGCUUGAAGAACUUGACAGAAAUACUGAAUGGAGGGGUGUAUGUUGGCCAGAACAAAUUCCUUUGCUUCGCAGACACCAUUCAUUGGCAGGAUAUCGUGCGUAACCCCUGGGCCUCCAACUUCACUUUGGUUCCAACGAAUGGCAGCUCAGGAUGUGGUCGAUGCCACAAGUCCUGCACAGGCCGAUGCUGGGGACCCACAGAGAAUCACUGCCAGACCUUAACGAAGACAGUGUGUGCAGAGCAGUGUGAUGGACGGUGCUAUGGGCCCUACGUCAGUGACUGCUGCCACCGGGAAUGCGCUGGAGGCUGUUCUGGACCUAAAGACACUGAUUGCUUUGCCUGUAUGAAUUUCAAUGAUAGUGGUGCAUGUGUCACGCAGUGCCCCCAGACUUUUGUAUACAAUCCUACCACCUUCCAACUGGAGCAUAAUCACAAUGCCAAGUACACCUAUGGGGCUUUUUGUGUCAAAAAGUGCCCACACAACUUUGUGGUGGAUUCUAGCUCUUGUGUCCGUGCAUGUCCGAGCUCCAAGAUGGAGGUUGAAGAAAAUGGUAUUAAGAUGUGCAAGCCCUGCACAGACAUUUGUCCUAAAGCAUGUGAUGGCAUUGGAACAGGGAGUUUAGUGUCAGCUCAGACAGUGGAUUCCAGCAACAUCGACAAGUUCAUAAACUGUACCAAGAUCAACGGCAACCUUAUCUUCCUUGUUACUGGGAUUCAUGGAGACCCGUAUCACACAAUUGCUGCAAUCAAUCCAGAGAAAUUAAACAUCUUCCAAACAGUGAGAGAGAUAACAGGGUAUUUGAACAUACAGUCGUGGCCUGAGAAUAUGACAGAUUUCAGGGUGUUUUCUAACUUGGUUACUAUCGGUGGAAGAGCUCUCUAUAGUGGCCUUUCCUUACUCAUCCUAAAGCAACAAGGCAUUACCUCUCUGCAGUUUCAGUCCUUGAAGCAAAUCAGUGCUGGCAACAUCUACAUAACAGACAACAGCAAUUUGUGCUACUACCACACUGUCAACUGGACUAGCCUCUUCAGCACACCCAGUCAAAAAACAGUGAUUCAUCGAAAUAAAAAGGCAGAGAACUGCACUGCUGACGGAAUGGUGUGUAAUGAAUUAUGCUCAAGUGAUGGCUGCUGGGGGCCAGGGCCAGACCAGUGUCUCUCCUGCAAGCGCUUCAUCAGGGGAAGGACCUGCAUAGACUCUUGUAACCUCUAUGAUGGGGAAUUUCGAGAAUUUGCAAAUGGUUCUGUCUGCGUGGAGUGUGAUCCCCAGUGUGAAAAGAUGGAAGAAAACAUGAUCACGUGCUAUGGGCCGGGUCCUGACCACUGCACAAAGUGUUUCCAUUUUAAGGAUGGUCCAAACUGUGUGGAAAAAUGUCCUGAUGGCUUACAGGGGGCCAACAGCUUUAUUUUCAAAUACGCUGAUGAAGAUCGUGAGUGUCAUCCGUGUCAUCCAAACUGCACCCAAGGGUGUAGAGGUCCCGCUAGUCAUGACUGCAUUUACUAUCCAUGGACACGACAGUCCACUUUACCACAACAUGCUAGAACCCCUCUGAUUGCUGCGGGAGUUAUUGGCGGCCUCUUCAUCAUCGUCAUUGUGGGGCUGACAUUUGCCGUGUAUGUUCGGCGCAAAAGCAUUAAAAAGAAGCGAGCAUUGCGAAGAUUCCUGGAGACUGAGCUUGUGGAACCCUUGACUCCAAGUGGAACAGCACCCAAUCAAGCACAGCUUCGUAUCCUGAAAGAAACUGAGCUGAAAAGAGUCAAGGUUCUUGGCUCUGGAGCCUUUGGAACUGUAUACAAGGGUAUUUGGGUCCCUGAGGGAGAAACCGUAAAGAUUCCUGUGGCCAUUAAGAUCCUUAAUGAGACCACUGGUCCAAAAGCCAAUGUGGAGUUUAUGGAUGAAGCUCUUAUCAUGGCCAGUAUGGACCAUCCACACCUGGUGAGACUCCUGGGUGUUUGCUUGAGCCCAACUAUUCAGCUAGUCACUCAGCUGAUGCCUCAUGGCUGCCUGUUGGAUUAUGUUCAUGAACAUAAGGAUAAUAUUGGCUCCCAGCUUCUGCUAAAUUGGUGUGUCCAAAUAGCUAAGGGAAUGAUGUACCUGGAAGAGAGGAGACUUGUCCACCGAGACUUGGCAGCCCGUAAUGUCUUGGUGAAAUCACCAAACCAUGUGAAGAUCACUGACUUUGGCUUGGCCAGGCUUUUGGAAGGGGAUGAAAAGGAGUAUAAUGCUGAUGGAGGGAAGAUGCCAAUUAAGUGGAUGGCUCUGGAGUGCAUACACUACAGGAAAUUUACCCAUCAGAGUGAUGUUUGGAGCUAUGGGGUCACUAUCUGGGAACUUAUGACUUUUGGUGGGAAGCCAUACGAUGGAAUCCCAACUCGAGAGAUCCCUGACCUCUUGGAGAAGGGAGAGCGGUUGCCUCAACCUCCAAUCUGCACUAUUGAUGUUUAUAUGGUGAUGGUGAAGUGCUGGAUGAUUGAUGCAGACAGUCGGCCAAAAUUCAAGGAGCUGGCUGCUGAAUUCUCUAGAAUGGCUCGAGACCCUCAGAGAUACCUAGUAAUUCAGGGAGAUGAUCGUAUGAAGCUCCCAAGCCCAAAUGACAGCAAGUUCUUCCAAAACCUUCUUGAUGAGGAAGACCUGGAAGAUAUGAUGGAUGCUGAAGAGUAUCUUGUUCCUCAAGCCUUCAACAUCCCUCCUCCCAUCUACACCUCCAGGACAAGAAUUGAUUCCAACAGGAACCAGUUUGUGUAUAGAGAUGGUGGCUAUGCUGCAGAAGUGCCGAUGCCAUACAGAGCUCCUGGCUGCAUAAUACCAGAAGCACCAGUUGCUCAAGGGGCCACUGCUGAGAUCUUUGAAGACACCUGCUGUAAUGGCACACUACGGAAACAAGUGGCAACCUUGUCAAAAGAGGACAGCAGCACCCAGAGGUACAGCGCUGAUCCCACAGUCUUCAUACCCGAGCGGGUCGUGCGAGGAGAGCUGGAUGAGGAUGGCUACAUGACGCCGAUGCGAGACAAACCUAAAACAGAUUACCUAAACCCUGUGGAAGAGAACCCAUUUGUUUCCCGACGAAAGAAUGGAGAUCUCCAAGCUGUGGACAACCCAGAGUAUCACAACGCUCCGAACGGGCAGCCCAAAGCAGAGGAUGAGUACGUGAACGAGCCGUUGUACCUCAACACUUUUGCAAACACCUUGGAAAAUGCUGAGUACCUGAAGAACAAUUUGCCGGAGAAAGCCAAGAAGGCCUUUGACAACCCAGACUACUGGAACCACAGCCUGCCCCCACGAAGCACCCUCCAGCACCCGGACUACCUGCAAGAGUACAGCACAAAAUACUUUUACAAACAGAAUGGACGGAUCCGGCCCAUUGUGGCAGAGAAUCCUGAAUACCUCUCCGAGUUCUCCCUGAAGCCUGGCACUGUGCUGCCCCCGCCGCCCUACAGACACCGAAAUACAGUGGUGUAGUGACCGCGGUCUUACGGAAGUGGAAAGGCAACCCCUUCUAGCUGCCUCACGCUUUCUCUCUCGCUCUCCUUUUCUCUCUCUCCCCUCCCUCCCUGUCUUUCUCCCAUGAGCUUCCUCUUCUUGCCAGUUCACUCAUUUUUGAUAUUUCUAAGUGAAAGGAUGUCUUGGAGUUGUUUGCAGAUUGGGUUGGGAACCUGGAAGGAAGGAAGGAAGGAAAGAGACUGAAAGAAGGCGUGUACGAUCUGGCAUUUCUCACUUUCCGCAGAUGCGGAGGUUCCAAUGGUCAGAGAAGCCAGACAGUACCAGUAAAGGCCAAUGGCAGUGUUGCCUGCUGUUCAGCUAGUUCUCAGCAAUUCGUCAGACACUAGGGAAAGCCACAGAGAGGCUGUUUCUUUCAGCAGGAACUGAUGAGAGUCUGUACAGCAUUUCUGGAAAUCUCAGUGCAGUUUCCAUUGGGGGAAAAAUGGACAAUUUUUAUAUCAUGUGUGAUAGCAUAGUAAUUGAGAUUGAGAAUCCAAUUUCUUUCUCUAACACUUUCUAUCCCACCAACUGAAAAUGGCUAACCUGGCUUUUCGUAAUCGUUCAGAUCUUCAUCGUGGCUUUCCAAGAAAUGAUGAUGUGACUCUAAUGUAUGGCAAAACCCUUUUUCUGAGCCACACCAUGAUUUUGUGCCAAUUCCUAACCACAGAGACUCCCGCUCAGAACUGGUACACGACACGACCAUUUUUGUAUAUGUGCCAACGUGACAAACACUUUAAACACAAAAACCCUUUCAGAAGAGAGUAACAAAACCACGCCUCCAACAUGUUCUUUUUGAAGCUAAAAGACAGGCCAAGAAACCAAGAUUUGUAUGCAAAAAGCAUUGCUUUCCUCUUUUGUACCUGCUGACUAUAAAUACAUAAUAAGACCUAAACAAAUUCUUCCCUCUUUUUCUUCUUCGUGAUCAUGAAGGGAGUUGAGGAUGCUGUCAGGCAACACUGAGGACAAGAUGGAGAACUGGAGAGUUUGAUAUGGGUCAUGAAGUCUGCUGGUGCUCUGUGGGGUGGUGGUGGGAAGGGUCCUUUAAACUGGAAGACAGACACUGGACUGGAGAAAACGCACAUAGCGGUUCACUGGAAAGUUAGUUUGCACUUAUGCUCCGAUUUUAUUUGAACUGUUUUCUGGAUUUUGAAUGAAGCAAUAUGGAAGUGACCAGCAAAAUGUUAAUUUUAAAUUAAAAAAGAAUUAAUUAUAUGUAAAGGAUGACUGUGGGAAUGCCAAAAUGAAGCAAAUCAAGUCUUUGGAACAAUGUCUACCAGUUCUGAGAGGCCAUUGCAUUGACUGCUUCAGAGAAUACAGUGACAGAGCAAGCAGCUCUUACUGCUGCCAUGUGAAGGACAGCAGAGCAAGCUCUGAAAGGGAUUGGAGGAGACAAAUGGCCUGUUCUGGCUUGCAGCACAGUACGGAGUACGUUUUUCUAAAAGGAGGAUUACUCUGGCAGAGAAGGCGGUGCAUAUGGGGUUUGAGAAGUCAAAAUGUGCAUGACUUGCAGAGUUUUCCAUCAAAAAUGCAAGUGUAUUCAGGCCAGCUUGAACCAGCAGGGGCAGAUGUUAAACCUCUAAACCGAGUACGUGGCUGAAGAGUCUGAAAACAACAAGAACAAGUACAGAUCUUUGAAGCUAUUAAAAGGAGACGUUGGGUCAAGUGGUACCAAGGUGGUUUCUGAUGGCAGAACAAAAUGACCAGCAGACCAGUAAAGUGGGAUAGAUGGUUACAAAAACAUCAUGCAUCUGGGAGGCCUUGCCUCCUCCUGGUGCCCUCCCAUAAGGCCUCAAGAUCUUGGCAGGAGACAGAGGCGGGGGGCAGGAGGGCACAGGGGAGUGGUAUGAGGUCCUGGAGACACCACUCCAGGGAAGAUUUGCCCACGGUAGUGCUCACAGGGUGUUGUCUGAAGCACAGACAAAGGUCUGCCAGGUUGGGAUGCACUUGCCAAGCUGCCUGGAGACAAAGACCGGCAGAGGAUCAUGGAUGUCCUGUUUCAGCGCAGAACAAGCUCGGGUACAUAGGUAGGUAGAGAAAGGGGGUGAUUGGUCCCUGAGCAGGUCUUGUAACAGAGUAACUCCUAAUGGAGAAAAAAAUAAAAUUAAAUCCUGGUACAGCUUAUGCGUUUGAAUUCAAAGAGGUGCACUCAAAGGCUGCUGGGGCAGAAGCGGGCACACCACCAGACCCGGAGGGAUGGUGCUGGGAUGUAGCGGCUCACGGGAGGUGAGGCCCGUUUGUUUCUCUGGUAAUUAAGUAGUACUGGUGUUGGAAACAAGCCCAUCAAAUAAUCAGAAUGUAAAUAAUUGUCUUUUUUAACAUUUUAACAUUUUGUUUCUUAAAAAAACUUGAAUUAUUUAUUCAUUCUAAUUGUUGACUGUGGGUGUGAUGUAACAUAUCAAGUGGCAUGGAAAUGCAGCGGUUCCUUGUGGUGAGGCAGCGUGAAGGCCAGAACGGGAGCUGCCUUACGCUGGGGCUGUGACACGCAGCCAGGCUGAGCUCUGCUGAGCCCUGCUAGCUGUGCCUUCAACAGCAGAGGGAUAACAGAGGGUUAACGAGCGCAGUAGUUCGUGAUGGUGGGAAACUCAACAGACUGCAGCUUCACUAGUGGGCAUUUUUUUUCCCUGAGCUUCUGGUUUGAGUUGCAGCUGCCAGCAGCGGCCCUUAGGUUCCCCGCUGUGCCAGCAGUUGACCUGUGUUGCACUGUGUGGGCCUGCGUGGUGCUGAGGCGUCUGGUUAGCUGCUCCUUUUCCCUGCUGGGGGUGGCAGUCUUCGGAAGACAGCCCAUAAUUCUGCACGCUUCCUCCAGAAGAGUUAGAGGAGCUGUUCUGAGCUCCUUUGGCAGAUUUUUGUCUCUUUGCCAAAGGAAGUUUCACCGUGGUUAAAGAAAAAAAGUAAAACCGAGAGCAGAGCUGUUUGGCUGCUUUAAUCUGAUCAGCAGAAAUACCUGGCUGGCCCCAGAUCCUGUGUUUGCCUUAGGGGGUAUAGCUGCUGCUUUGGUGAAAGAAGUCAGGCAAAUGCACGCGGCAGAAUCAUGGCAAACAUUCAACUGUAUUGUGUUGUAAAAGAUGAGGGUCAGGCUUUUUAAUGAGUAAUUACAGGUUUGGGGGGAAAGCAGAUCUUUCGGAACGCAAACUGCAUUCUGUCAGCACAAAGCAGUAGCUGAGAGCAUCAGCAGAAGCGUGUUGUCUGGGUGUAAUUAAUUCUCUAGUUCUACAAUGGUAUCUGUGCAUAGCACUGUCAGUUUUUAUGGAUUUUAUACUGUAGUCUCCUAUUUGUAAACGUUUUCCUUUCCCAUAUCGUAGCCUGUGCAGCAGAAGAGCAGUGACUAACUUUUCAAGAGCAGGUAUCCGAGUGUGUAUCAGCCUUUGUUCAAAGCACAAAGCAACGCACUAAAUGAAAGACAGCAACAGCUUAUUUUUUCCUAAUCUCUUUCAGUGAUACUUGUCUUGGAUGUUAUUAUCUACCUGAGGGUUAUUUCAAACAGAUAUGAAUGCUGGAUCUGAUUGACUUGCUGUAACAUAAUUGACUGAAACCAACUACUUUUUAAGUUUCCUUCUUCAGCUCUUUUCAUUUUUUUUCUUUUUGUGCAAAAUAGCCAGGAGGGAUUCUUACAUUGCCAUUCACUCAGAUGUAGCGGAGUAUUUACAACUUGCUUUCGAACAGGUCAUCUCUCACAGGUAGCAAGCAAUGGAAAUAAAUCGGAGCGACUAUCAGCAGUAAGAGCCACCGGGUGGGUCUGUUUCAGGUUCCUUAAGCUCAGCCCAGGAAUGCUUUUCUGUGUACAAAGAAAGGUUGCGUUAACCCUGGUUGAACCACUCGGUAGAAAACGCAUUUCUUGACUGCAGGAAUUGUAAGCAAUGAUCUUGUUCCAAUUAUUUCCUGAAUUAAUGGGGAAAUACCUGUCUUUUCCUGUCCCGCAGCUGGUAACUCCAGAGGCUGCAUGCAAAGGGCACCUGUGUAGAUGUGGUGCUGGGGCAGGGCAGCCUGUACAUGUGCCACCGAUCUGAUACCAGUUUCCACUAAAGAUCUGAAAGGGAGCUAUAGGGCAGUGUUUCCCGCCAUGCCCCAUCCUCAGACACCACUAAUCCCAGCCUAGAAGUAAAGAAAAUGGCAACUCUGAAAGCCCAGCUUGUCCCUGGUGCUCUGUGGAGCCAUUCUUUCCAUAGCUACAGAUACAUCUGGGCAGUAUGGAUGAGAAAUACUAGCUGUGAGGUCCGUCAGCCUAGAAAUAUAGCUUGGGAGGAGUGGGGUUUUUUUUCUGAUGAUGGACCUCUAUGGAGAACUCCGAUACUAAAGAAAAUGUUUAUUUUUUUCCUGCCGGGUCUGUGUAGGUGUCCUGUAUCGUGGUAGCAGCUAAAGGAAUGACGGGAUUAUUUGGGCCAGUGAGAUGAGGAGACUGGCACAAGUCAGAAUUAGGCUGUUGGUCAUGUAAUUCCCCAGGAUGACUGAAGGCAUCCUCCUGGUCAGCCCUACUGCUUCUGGGAGCCCUCUGCACCCUCCACAGGCAUCGUGUUAUGCAAGGUAACUGCAGCACCCACGUGCGCACACGCACAGACACUCGCACCCUCUGUCUGCUGACCCUUGUAGAGAGAGGGAAUGGGAGGAACAUAAAUGCUCUGGGGACUGACGGCUGAGGCAUUGCUUACUUGUCAGGAUGGAUUUUCCCUCACUUCGCACAACUGGCGUAUCGGGGCUUCCACCCUUAUUUCCCAGUCACAUUGAAGGCUGGUCAACUUGAGGAUGACUGGUGGAACAGAGGCAUGAACCAGUGCCAGGCCUCCAGUUAUCAGUCACCUCUUUGGCUUUUAAAAAGCACAAAAGGUGGUGUUACUUACAGUUACGUGGGCUAUGCAUCCUUCGUUUCUAGCUCUGUCACUUGCAAUAUUUUUAUUCCCAUGGAUCUUAGACCUCUGCUGCUGACAAAGCAGUUCAUCUGUAGUUAUAUAAAAUAGUGGAUUUGGGUUCAAAUUCGUUUUUAGAAAGCCAAGACUGUGUGGGGUGGGGUUGGUUGGCUGUAAUAGUCACACUCCAUCCCAUGCAAGGAGCUGCAAUCGUCUCACAGGGCAGCCUCUGUGCAGCGUUGCUGUGCUCACAAGCUUCCCCCUCUUUUUCUUUUCUGGCUCUUGCUAUGCGUUACACAGGUAGAAAAGGUCACUGUUACAAAUGGAGCUUUCAGAUUGGGAAUAAAUAACAGAAAUAAAGCUCUGUGUUAGAAGCAUGACUUCAAAUAUCUAAAAAAAAAUCACGUCUCCACCUUUGUUUUAAUUUUGUUUCAGCACAAGGUCAUUUUUCUGUACCGUUGUGUGGAUUAGUACGUUGUUAUGCUGGUAGGCUCGUUGCUCUUGGGAAAAUUACGGACAGGGAAGGCACUGUCAUCAGUGGCACUGCAGUGGUGGCUGGGAUCUGCCUGUAGGUUUGGAGGACACAGAGCACAUUUCAGGGGAGGCUUGUGGGUGUUCAGGUCUGACUGAUGGUGGUGGGACUUGCCUGAACUGCAGCCAAGCACAUCUCCUAACCAGAGCCAGAGCAAAGAGGUGCAUCCACCCAAGGCAUCCUCCAGCUGGAGCCUGUGCCGACAAGCCAGGAAAAGGUGUGAGGGAGAAACCUAAGGAUGUUAUCCUGACUAGGAAACAAGUCAGAGCUGCUUUUUUUUCUCCUUUUUUGUUAUUUAAUUUUGAGAGCGAGCUUUGUGGACCUUGGUAGGGAGGGGGUUUAUGGGGAGAUUUGUAAGGUGUUACACAGUCUGAGUAAUUAUGUCCCAGUUCUUCUCCCCUCUCCAAUAAAAAAGCCAUGGAAUCAUGCUCCAGACAUGUUGUGGAUGAAACCAACAGGGCAAGGGUGCAUCCCGCACAGCACCCUCUUGCUGAUGGCUCAGGUGUGACCAGGGCACACGCAUACACUGAGCCAUCGGCUGUCACUGCCGUGCGUGCUGUUUGCCAGUGGUUUGGUCCCCGCAGCACCACCGUCCCCGUGUCCUGCCCAACCUUUGAGCCCUCUUAGGGAGAAAACACUGUAUUGCCCAUAGCACUCCGAAGACUAAACCCUUUUGGGAUAACCACAGUAAUAAACUGUGAAUGGUAUUUUAUAAGUAAGUGUAGAUAUGUAUGCCGUUCUUUUGAGGUAAGGUACUAUGACAUAUGUAGCAUAAACUGGUACUGCUGUUAAAUGGGUCGAUUAUUAACUGAGCAGCUGUGUAAGGGGUAGCUAACUUUGAAUGCACUAAACCACUGUUCCUUUGAAGAUGAGGACUGAAGGUAGCUGCUGGGUACUUACUUGUGGUUUUAUGGUUGGCUAUGUUAAGUGAAAAAUGCAGGUCGAUGAAGGCAUAUAAUUUUUUAUAGCAUUUGUUCGGUAAUUGGUACACAUUUGAUACAUUAUUCACAAUGGUUUAAAUCCUUUUUUUUUUUUUUUUGCCCAGGUUUUGCAAUUUCCCCAAAUAUUGUAUGUUGGAAUUUCUAAAGAGUUAGCAGCCUUAGAGUAGGAAGGGGAAAUGGAGGGGGAAAAGAAGUCUCUUCCUAAAACCAGAGAUAUCCAAAAUGUAUUUCCUGACUUGGUCAUCUUGAAGUAUUGACUUUUUUCUUUUAUGAUGAGGCUCAGAUACCCAAGCCUGGAUGAUGACAUUGCUGUUCCCUUAAAAUCAAAGGCUGAGCCCCACCUGGGAGGUGAUACAGGGAUGGGACAGCGCCGUGGCGCAGGGGCGGCUGCCUCCAUGGGCCACGCUCACUGCAGGCAGCCCGGCCACCUACCCGGGGUGGGCGAGAGGCAGAGGUGGGGAGGGUCUGGGGUUCAGCCAAUUAUCCAUGUUCUCAAAGUGCAAAGAGACAAAACAACAAUACUUCUGCCUUAUGAAGUACCUUCAGAAGAAGAGAAGCAUCAGCGUGUUGGGGAAGUCACUCGUUUCUUGCAAAGUGAUGCAUUCAGAGUUAGCUGCCUUUCUGAAACAAAAAUUAAAAAAAUACAAAAACUACUGUAUGUUACUUUGAAAAUGUGAAUAGUAUUUUUAUAGCUUGUUAAAGACACAGCUAGUUGCAUUUGUAAAUAAGGAUAAUGUUGCUUUUAUUUUCCUUGUGGACACCAUUAUUUGGAACAUAAUUGUCCUUAGGGUUGAUUUGUAUAUAGGUAAUUUGCUUGUGAUUUAAGCCACUCCUCCCCUUUUCUUCCUCUCCCUUCCCACCCUCUGGUUUUGGUUAGAAGUACCAUUUUUGGCAUUCUGUGUGAUUCUGUGUUUUAGCACUAUUGUGGUGUGUUCAGACUUUCUGCACUUGCUUACACAGUAGGGUAUGCCAAUUGUGUGUGGCGUAAUGUUACUUUAACCUUUUGUUUCUCAUAUUUUAGCUAUCGAGGAUUAUACACUGUUAAAAUACUUACUGACCUGGGUUAAUAUUAGGUAUAUAUUUUAGCAUAAUUUCCCUUCUUUUCAUUGUUUCUUGUUUUUUCUUUUUUUCCUUCCCUCCCCUUUUGUCUUGUUUGGAGGCUGGGGAGAAACCUGUGGAUCUUCUCUUUGUGUGGUUAUACUUCCCCCUCAUCCCCCGUGUGCAGUCCCGAGUUUCUCCUCAUGGUCCCUGGGGUAGAGCUUUAUCUGUUUGUUAAGGCAAAUGUAGACCGCGACCCACCUUGCAUCAACCCAUGCUCAUCCCAGCUGAACAAUUUGAAAACUGUUCUGCCUUUUUGUUACAUGAAUCUGUCAGAAAUAUAUUUUUAAUUUAAUAUAAAUGAAAUUCAAUAAAAUACGAAACAAAG